CUAAUGCCAUUAGGAUUCAGCAGUAAGCAUUUGCCAGCAUAUGACAAAUGCGAUCAUUGUCAUAAGCUAUUACACGAUGAGACAGGUAAAAGCUCUAUGGUUAUCGCAUGUGGUCAUGGAUACUAUGAGAGCUGUUUCACUAUUUCAUUAAAUAAAAAAUGCCUUUAUUGUGAAAAUAUUCUUAAAUUGGAUACUAAGAAGUCAAAUUUAAAGGAAUUUAUUGAUGCCGAUGAUGAUAGUCCACGAGAUCAGAAGAUAUCGGAUGAAGAUGAUAUAUUAGAAGUGCUUCGAAAAGAUAAGCAAGCAUUACCAAGAGUGGAGCAAGCUUAUUCUAUGGCUCUUGAAAGAUUUUUAAAUAUUUAG